UCCGCUCGUCCUCGUUCCGCUGUGCUGCACCGCUUAGUUACUUUUUUCCUUUUCAAUUUCUUCACAUCCUGGGCCGGCGAUAAUCUUUAUCGUGCCUUGCCGAGAAACAAUUGUGCACCCAACAGGAUCCAGCAACAGCAACCGCAAGAGGAAAGCGCGCAACACAUAUCGCCCGGCGUAGGUUGCUUUGAUAGCCCUGACAAUUGAUCGACCCCCGAAGAAUGGAAAAGGAAUUCCCGGCACUGAAGAAUGACAAUCUGCUUCGGGCGGCCCGUGGCGAGACGGUCGAUCGGGUCCCGGUGUGGGUAAUGCGACAGGCCGGUCGCUAUCUGCCCGAGUUCCAGGAGGUACGGGCAAAGCAUGACUUUUUCACCGUCUGCCGCACACCGGAGCUGGCCUGUGAGGUGACGAUGCAGCCGCUCCGUCGGUUCGAUCUCGAUGCGUCGAUCAUCUUCUCCGACAUCCUCGUGAUACCGCAGGCGCUCGGCAUCGUGGUGGAAAUGAAGCCGGGAGUCGGUCCGGUGCUGCCCGAACCCCUCGUCGGGCCGGCCGAUCUCGAGCGGCUCAACCAGACGGGCGCGAUCGAUCGGUUAAAGUAUGUGGGCGAUGCCAUUACCAUGAUGCGUCACAUGUUGGACGGCAAAGUGCCACUGUUCGGCUUCACCGGUGCACCGUGGACGCUGAUGGGCUACAUGAUCGAGGGCGGCGGAAGUAAAACCAUGUCAAAGGCCAAAGCGUGGCUUACCGAGCACCCGGAAGCCAGCCAGAAGCUGCUCGACAUUCUCACCGACCAGGUGGUGGACUAUUUGGUCACGCAGGUGAAGGCAGGGGCACAAAUGGUGCAAGUGUUCGAAUCGAGCGCAGAACACCUGAGCAAGGAGCAGUUCCUGUCCGUGUCACUGCCCUGCCUGCAGCGGAUUCGAAUCGAUUUGCUCCGCAAACUGGGCGAACAGAACGUGCCGGCCGUUCCGAUGGUGCUGUUUGCCAAAGGUGCCAUGCAUUCACUGCCGGAGCAAGCUCAAACCGGGUACGAGGUCAUCGGUCUGGAUUGGACCAUCGACCCGGAGGAGGCACGUCGGCUGGUCGGUCCGAAUGUUACCCUGCAAGGGAACCUUGACCCUCAGGACAUGUACAAACCACAGGACGAGCUGCGCGAGCUCGUGCUAACCAUGGUACGGAAGUUUGGAAAGCAUCGGUACAUCGCCAACCUCGGCCACGGCAUUACUCCGGCGACCCCAGUCGAAAGCAUGACCACGCUCGUGCAGGCAGUGCACGAUGCACUAUGAGGCCACCACUACAUCAUGUAGACACUAUUUUUGGCUCGAAGAGAACCACGUUCCGACCGGCUUGGCCGGUACAAAAUUCGAAGCAGAUAAUUCAAUCGGUAAAGAGGAUCGGUAAUUGUUGCAUUUACACGAAAGAAACAUCUUGAUUAAACAA